CUGUUAGCACCCAGAAGCUGAUUAUAACAGCAUUUUUCCUGAGUGUUUUAUAAGUGAGUAAAACUUCAGUGGUGGUAUUUACUGAUGUACUGUGUAUAACAGUGGUGGGCCGUGCAUUUCAGACCUAGGCCUUCACUGGUGUCCUUCCUGAAUGAAUCCACCUCUAUACCUUCAUUAUGACAUCACCAUGGGCAUCGCUAGGCCAUUUUCUACUCAGCCCCCCUAAAAUUCUGCGAUUCUCCAUAAACUCUACACAAAUUGGUGAUCACCUCAGUCCCCUUUAACUUUCAUAUGAAAACUCCGGCAGAUUUCGGCUCCUCCCCGUCUUUCAGCGCGUUCUUCAAUCCGCAGAGCGAGGAUCAGAGGACUUGUGUGUGUGUGUGUAUGUGUGUGUGUGUGUGUGUGUGUGUGAUCAGGAAGACUCGUAUUUGGCUUGUUCAGUACUCAAAUGUUAUACACAUCUAUGCAAUACAGUGGAAUGCUGCAAUACGUUUACCAUCCUACCCUGUUAGUCAAACCUUUAUUUUAUUUAUUUAUUAAUUUAUUUUUUACUAUUAUACCCUCAUUGGGGGCCGAGCCCCCCUUAAAUGAGAAUUCUAGAAUCACCCCUGGAAGCCACGGCAAUAAAUACUAAUCAACCGUUAAAUAACAAAAUAAAAAAGAAAUUAUUCUACAGUAUUUCACACCUCACAAGGAAUAGUCCAUUUUAUUACAGUUACUUUUCUCCAAAAAAAAAAAUUCUUGUUGCCGUAUGCAGCAAACUGCAAUCUCUGGAGGACGCAGCAUCCGAAAUGAGACGCAGAGGAUAUAGAAAUGAUAUUCUCAAUAAUAGAAGAUAUGCUUGUUUAAAAAAUUGUUUAUUUUUCACAGUUAAAAGUUUUGUGCUAAAAGCUUUUCUUUAUCUCAGCUGAGGUGUGGAAGCUGCAUGCUGUAUGGGGAGCUGCUGCUGCACUCGUUCCUGCUCUGCUUCUCUCUCUUAUUAUCGCUGUCCUGUGUAUUAAGAGGAAGAAAAGAUCAGAGAGAGACACUCAGUGUGUUCCAACACCUGGAGAUGAUACAUACACAGCGCUGAACCUCAUGACUGUGUCCCCAGAAUAUGACACACUGCAAAAUGUGGCUUCAGUAAAGAGAAGAACUCCAGAACUGGAGAAUGAUCACUAACAGCUGAGUUUGGUUAUUGACUUUACAUUCAGCAUCAUGACCAGAACAGGAAGGAUGCUCAGGGUUCUUCAAACAGCAGUACAGUGCUAUCCAGGUAAUUGCUGUGGUGGUGUUAGGUGGUUGGUAUGGUUAUUCCAGUGGUUUGCUAGCAUGUGGCUGGCUGGUUGCUGUGAUAUUUCAGGUGCUUUUUAUGGUGUUGCUAGUUGGUUGCUAGUAUGUUGGUAGAUGGUUCUCAUGAUAUUCCAACCUUGAUUCCAAUCUUGACAAAAAGAACAGGCUCACUAUUUGUAUGGUAUAAUUCCUGUAUAUUUUGUAGGAUCUAAGAAGAACAGUAUGCUGUCUCUGUCAAGAAAAAUCACUUAAUCACUAAAGAAAAAAUCUUGUGUAAGAAAGGAAAGUUAGUCUCAUUUAAAAAAAAGGAAGAGACUAAGCUAAAUUUAGGAGGUAUGAUGACACAACAUGUUUCUCAACUUCUGUGUCUUUACUGUUAGAGUCAUAAAGAAGCUCAUAACUGCUUACGAGUGCAGUACGAGUGAAGGAGGAACAGGCUGAUUAAAGACCGUUAAUAUUCAUUAUAAGAGUAAGAUCGAUUCAUUUUGUAUUUAUGAGGAUAUUUUUGGUGUAAAUUCUACACGUGGUGGAUCUUCGAGUGUCAGCUGUCUGAAGGCUGAUGUUUUCCAGAAUGUUGAGAAAUAUUACAGUAGCAGCGAUCCUCAUGUUACUGACAGCCCUGACCCGUCAAGGCAUGGACUCCACUACAUCCCUGAAGGUGUGCUGUGGUAUCUGGCACCAAGAUGUUAGCAGCAGAUCCUUUAAGUCCUGUAAGUUGCGAGGUGGGGCCUCCAUGGACCGUGCUUGUUUGUCCAGUACAUCCCACAGAUGCUCAAGUGGAUUGAGAUCUGGGGAAUUUGGAGGCCAAGUCAACACCUCAAACUUAUUGUGCUCAUCAAACCAUUUCUGAAAUAUUUCUGCUUUGUGGCACGAUGCAUUAUCCUGUUGAAAGAGGCCACAGCCAUCAGGGAAUACUGUUUCCAUGAAAGGGUGUACAUGGUCUGCAACAAUGCUUAGGUCGGUGGUACGUGUCAAGGUAACAUCCAUAUGGAUGGCAGGACCCAAGGUUUCCCAGCAGUACACUGCCCAAAGCAUGACACUUCCUCCUCCAGCUUGCCUUCUUCCCACAGUGCAUCCUGGUGCCAUGUGUUCCCCAGGAGUUCAGACUCAGCACAGUGUAACUCUCUCCUCUCAGAGUCUAUGUGUUGUUACUAGAUCUACAGUAAAAAUCCCCUGUAGUUUUACAAAACCUGAUCAGUCCACAGUCACAGAGAGAGAGUGGUAUCGAGUCCAGAGCUCUGAAGGAGAACCACGAGACCUGAACAAUGAUCCAGAAUACUCAGGACGAGUGUCUGUAAGCACCUGGUGGUCUGACUGUGAGCUGACAGUGAGGAAUGUGAGAGUGAGUGACUCUGGAGUUUAUAACUUUAGAUUUAAAACACAGAGCAGUGACUGGAUAUCAGCAUCAUCUGGAGUACAACUGACUGUUACAGACUUGCAGCUGAAGGUGGAUCCUAACACUGUGGGACAGAGAGAAGUGAAAGUGACCUGUAGCUCCACCUGCAGAAUCAACACACACUAUUUCUACUGGUACAGGAAUGGCCAUUACAUCAAAUACACAAAUGAUGCCUCCAUUGUUCUUGACUCCACCAGUCGAUAUGUUGAAGGCAGCUACUCCUGUAAGGUGUAUGAGACUGAACACCGCUCUCCUCCAGUGUGCCUCACAGUGAUAAAAUCAGUGUGGUUCAUUAAAGAGCAGAUUAAAGUUGAGCCUGAGGAUCUGACAGAGGAUGAGGAGUAUCAGGGUCGAGUGCAGUACACACAGAGCUCCCAGAAUGACUGUAGUCUGAGAAUCACUAACCUGAGAGAGAGAGACGCUCGAACAUACAGGUUCAGAUUCUACACUGAUCCUACAGGAAAAUACACCGGAAAACCUGGAGUCACUCUGUCUGUCACAGAUCUGAAGGUUACAGUAUCAGACUCGGGUAGUGGACAAAUCAAGCUGAACUGUAUCACCACCUGCUCUCUGUCUAACAACCCCACUUACAUCUGGUACAAGAACGGACAGCGUGUGUCUGAGUGUAAAUCUGCCUCCUGCUCUGUAGCUGCAGUCGGUGGUGUGGUCAGUUACAGCUGUGCUGUUGAAGGUCAUGACAGUCUCCUCUCUCCUCCAGUGUGUGAGUGUGGAUUUUACUCUCCUCAAUCAGAGUCCAUCUACAUGUCUAUCAAACACUGA